CUCUGCCUCAGCACUCAGCAGACGGACGCAUCCAUGGAGAGCUCGUGCAGCCGUCCUUUGCUUUACUACUUCCCAAACCACAUUUCAACAUGACAUAAGAAGACAACCCCGGCUCAGCGCGAAGCUCGCCGUGUUUGCCAAACAGCCCCCUCAAAACAUCCGAACCGUACCAAUUUCCAACUUUUUUUCUCUAACAUUCCCCCCUUGCUUCCUUGAAAUUUCUUCUCUGUACUUUUUCAACCGUUCCCAGGAGAUAAGUCAGUUCCCUGGGAAUUAAAGGAGGUUGCUCGUUUUUUUCUUCCCUCUCUCUUCGGGGGUCCGCAUGGAUGUGGCGGCGGUAGAGUCUUUGCCGGGUAUCCGACUCCGGAAUCGGCCGACCCAAGUGAUGCCGAAUCAGAAGAAGGUCAAAGCGAGGCGGAAAAGGCGAAAGGAAUUGGUUUUAAUCCAGAUAUGCUUGUUCGGCGGCUUGCUUCUGAUCGUGAAGGGGUUUUCCUACUUAGCGGAAAAUUCAGGUUUCGACAUCUCCAGUCAGAGCGUUGAGGAUCAGGAGAGAUGGGGAGGAAGGAGGCUACUGCAGGAAAUGGACAACAGCAGCCUGGAGGAAAUAGAGAGUGAAGGAUCUAAGAACUGCACUACUCCAGCUCUGCACGAGUUCCCUACGGACCUCUUCUCACACAAAGAGCGAACAGAGGGAGCUGUGGCCCUGCAUGUCCUGUGUACCAUUUACAUGUUCUGUGCCCUGGCUCUCGUUUGUGAUGACUACUUUGUCCCUUCCCUGGAGAAGAUAUGUGAGCGUCUCCAGCUCAGUGAGGACGUAGCAGGGGCGACCUUUAUGGCCGCUGGCAGCUCAGCCCCUGAGCUCUUCACAUCUGUCAUAGGGGUUUUCAUCACCAAAGGUGACGUGGGUGUAGGGACCAUCGUGGGCUCAGCCGUCUUCAACAUCCUCUGCAUUAUUGGUGUGUGUGGCUUCUUCGCUGGCCAGGCAGUGAAGCUCUCUCAUUGGGCUCUACUCCGAGAUUCCAUUUAUUAUACAUUUUCUAUCACGGCCCUCAUUGCGUUCAUCUAUGAUGAGAAAGUGUGCUGGUGGGAGUCUCUCGUCCUGAUUCUCAUGUAUGCAGUCUAUAUCCUCAUCAUGAAAUUUAACAGCAGGGCACAUCGCUAUUUCGAUCGUCGAAAGAAGAGCUCUGUGAAUCUGGCCAAUGGGCUGACAGGAAGCACUGAUCUGGAGGAUAAUGUCACAUGUGAUGCUACUGCAGUCCUGCUCAAGAAAGCUAACUUCCACUGUAAGCCGUCAGUGCUGAUGGUAGAUGAGCUGCUGUCUGCGUACCCCCACCAGCUGUCCUUUUCCGAGGCCGGCAUGAGGAUCAUGAUCACCAGUCAUUUCUCUCCCAGAACCCGCCUCACCAUGGCCUCUCGCAUGCUCAUCAAUGAGAGACAAAGACUGAUCAACACGACGGAGACUCGAGUCAACCGCAUCACCAAUGGUGACUCGGAUUCAACAAGCAGGACUCAGGGGAGGCGGGGCUUAGAGAAUGGGAUGGGAGGGGCUGAGCAGGGUUUGAACGGGAGGUGCAGACUUCAGCGACUGGAGUCUGGGAACGAGACAGAGAACGAAAAUGAGGAUAAUGAGAACAAUGAGAAUGAUGAGGAAAGAGAGGGAGAGGAUGAUAGCGGAGGUCCCCUGGUGCCAUUCAAAGUUCCAGCCGGAGUGUGUAACAAGCUGAAGUGGCUGACCAUGUGGCCACUGUCCCUGCUGCUGUUCCUCACCGUGCCCAACUGUGCCAAGCGGCGCUGGGAGAGAUGGUUCAUGGUGUCCUUCUUCACUGCCACCAUCUGGAUUGCUGGCCUCUCGUACAUCAUGGUCUGGAUGGUGACUGUGAUUGGCUUCACCCUCGGCAUACCUGAUGUCAUCAUGGGCAUCACUUUCCUAGCAGCAGGCACCAGCGUCCCAGACUGUAUGGCUAGUGUUAUUGUAGCACGGCAAGGUAUGGGAGACAUGGCCAUCUCUAACUCCAUAGGCAGUAAUGUGUUUGACAUCCUGGUGGGCCUGGGCCUGCCCUGGGCGCUGCAAACACUCUGCAUCGACUACGGCUCCAACAUCCAUCUUAACAGCAGAGGUCUCAUAUUCUCUGUUGGACUCUUACUAGCUUCAGUAUUCUUCACAGUUCUCGGUGUCCAUUUAAACAAGUGGACUCUGGAUUGGCGACUGGGCUUGGUCUGCCUCAUCAUGUACGCCGUCUUUCUGUGCUUCUCCAUCCUCAUCGAGUUUAACGUCUUCAUCUUCGUCAACCUUCCCACGUGCCGAGACAUCCAUUGACCCCCUUCCUCUUUUUCUUCUCCUACUUUUUCCUCUGGCUGAUGGAGGGAACCUCACCUGGCUUCCAAUUUCUUGGCGCCUUGGAACCAAGUCCUACCUUUUAUUUUUUCAAAUAGAAAAAUAGAGAUCUAUAUGAUUAAUCUUUGGUGCAAUACACACAAGAGAGAGGACACCAGAAGGUUUUGGGUUUUGGGGACCAGAGAGGUGGCACGAAGAGAAAGUCCCAGCAGCAGUGAUUGCUGCCAAUCAUCUGAUGAACCGAAAGGUUGGCUGGAGUGAACAUAACUGUAUUAACACCGACAGUUAGGCUACUGUUGGUGAAGAAAGCUGCUACUGUAACUGACUGACUGGAGGAAAGAGAGAAAUCCUGCGCUAACAGCGAUUUUUAGCUGGAUUGUUUGUUACUCUUUGUACAAGUUUGGAUAUAAGCACAUGAUUAAGGUAUUUUUAAGUAAAAACUGGCUUUCUCUGUAUAUAUUUGAGGAUUAGAUAAGUACUAAUAUUAGCUGAUAUAUGGAACUCUCUUAUGCACAACUGGAUCAGUCUGUACGAAUGAUCUGAUGACAGUGACAAUAUUGUAUGUUUUACUUUAGUGAUUUGGUCCGCCAGUAACCCACUCAAAAUGCUUCAUGUUUCCCAUGCUCAGUACCAGCUAACAUAGCAUGCUGUACCCGCCACAAGUCAAGUCUAGCUUUGCACUGACAGACAGAAUCUAAAUAUUUAACACUAUUCACAUAGAGCCUGUUUGUUUUUCUGUCUCUCUAGAGGCAUAUCCAAGUAGAUGUGGGCUUUAUUGUUCUUUAUUAUAACCCACAUAAGAAAGGGAUCUCCCUGGAACUGACAUCCAGCACUGUCACUUUAUGGAUUAGAGAUAUUAUUCUAUCAUUGCAAGGCGUCUACAGGUACUCUAAACAUGUAACUACUGAAGUUAAAGUUCCCUCUAGAUGGUAGGCCUCUUGUGCUAUAUUAAAGUAUUAGUUUUUAGUCUCUGAGUUGAAUAUAAUGUUGUUACUUCUUAAAGCCAAAAGUAUUUUUAGAAUAGGAGUAAGAGUCGUAGAUUUGGACUUAAAAGUCAGCUCGAGUGCACUGUGUUUGUGUUUGUGUGUGUGUGUGUGUGUGUGUGUGUGUGUGUGGAUGGGUUUGUCACAAUCUCGAGGGGAGCCAAGGAUAACACUGUUACUGGGAAGACAUAAUCAUGAUUUAUUUAUGAAUUAAUUUAUUCAAAGAUCAUGUCUAACCUCCAGUUUCAGCCCUUUGGAUCAUGUACAGUGUAUGAAAUGGAACGAUCUCCGCUCUCAUUGACAGAGCUGUACAAUGUACUGUACCUAAUAUAUAAUCUAAGUACUGGAAACUGACUUGAUGUUGUUUAUAUUUAAGAACUUAGAACUUUAUAAUUUAUCAGUUUUGUAUAGUUUGGGAAGAUAUUGCCACAUUUGUAUAUUGGUGCAAACACAGUGGUCUUUGAAGAUGAUGCACGGCCAGGUUGAGUUUUCAUGGAGAUGUUGUGUUUCAGUGAGAUGGACAGAAAAUGCUGUUUUUCUCACUGGUCCUAACAUGGGCAGGAGCCUGAUCCCUUUGCAUGUUCAAUUAGUGAUGUAAAAGAUUCACUUUCAGGCAAAACAGAUAUUAACGGCACAUGACCCUUCACAGCAUAUUGUUUCUUAAAAACACAAUGCUUGAAUUCUUGCGCCAUCUCUUGUAUUUGAAGCUUCAAAACCAACACUUUGUGGCCAUUCUCCUGCUUGUAUUUGAGCCAAAAAAGAGAAACACCUUUGUCAACAGUAUUGCCACUCUGUUUCAGCAUGCGUUCAAGCAAAAUGUGGAAGAAAUGUAUUUUUGUUUUACUUUAUUUUUACCUUGAGGGAGUCCUAUCAACAAUUCUCAUGUUAAUAGAAUUGCUGAUUAAUUCAAAACAUCCUCUAUAGGUGUUGAAGCUCCUCCUGCAGCCACAAGAGAGCGCUGUAGAGCUGUGUGACAUCUUCAGAUAUGGCUGUUAUUUUACACAGAGAAGAGAGUGGUUGGGUAUAUUUUCAGGUAGGCUACAUAGAGACAAAUACUGGUCAGUUUGCAUGCCUCUUUCAUAAUUCAGAUUAUUUUGUGUGUAAUUUUAAUGCAUUUCCAAGAUCAAAAAGGCACUGUCUUGAUUAUGCUGUAUAUAUCAGAGGGUUAUGCUAUUAUAAACACAGAUGUUUGAAUAACUUCUGAUGAGCAGUUAUAUUUGAGAUACAUACAGUAUUUAGAAUGUAGGCCUACAACAGUUAGUUUUCAGCUAAUUAAUGUCGUUUUAUGCUCAUGUCUUUUGAAUUGUUUGUAAAUCCUCAUUUUUGUUGAUGAGGACCUCUGGGCAGAGCUCAGAGCCUGAGAGAGAUACAGAUGUUGGCCUUGUCCCCAGUGGUCUUCUUGCAAUAAACUGAUUUACAUACAUA